AUGUUUACUUCCCAGGAGCAAGCACGUUUUUGCGCACGCUGGGUGCAUGAGAUGAUCGAGUUUUUGGGUUUGUCAUGUCAUCCCACCAAGUGCCAGUGGGAGCCGUCGCAGUCAGUGUAUCACUUAGGCAUUACUGUCAAUACGGCAGCUGGUGUGUUUGAGGUGCCUAAGCAAAAGCUCGCAAAAUUGUGGUGGCUGGCGAUCGGGUUGCGGAUCACGGCAAAGAAAAAUCAGCGUCUGGUGCAGAAGUGCGAGCUGGCUAAGUUUUGUAGUUUGCACAGAGCAUCAAAUUGGCCCUUACUCCAGCUCUCUUAUUUCUCCGCAAUUGUUACAAUGAUGUGA